UAGUGAACAAAAGAUGUUUUAAAUGUGGUGCUUCUUCUGGUGCUCAUCCUGAUCAAAGCUCUGCUGGCAGCAGGCCCACAGCUCGAUGGGAACUGUCAGAGUCAGCAGGGCUGUGCUGGUUACCCCUCCUCAGGUGGCUGUUCCUGGCCAUGGUGCUGCAGUGCCAGGAUGGGACAGGAGCAGUUCUCUCCUGCACCUGGGCUUCUGUGUAUUCUAUUUAUUGCAGGCAAUAUGUGCAGUGACUGGAAUAAGUGAAAAUGCAUUUACAAAAAUGUGGGAGAAGUGAGUUUUCUCAUGAAAUGUGGAAACUGAGUGCCAUAAAUUACACCUGUAAACUUGAAACAAAAAAAAUUUGGUGUUUGGGUGAGCAGUCCAUAGAGUGGAUUGUGACAAGCUUUCUCUUCUGUCUGUACAGACUGGUGUGUUCUUAAGAUACUGAUAGGAAACUUCCAGCAGAUUUAUUGAAAUUGAGAGGAUGGUUGUAGAGUUCCACAGUACUGUUGCAAAGUGGGUGGAAAGUAAGUUAAAAUGGUAUUGAAUAUUUUCUGUGUGAAAAACAUCUUUGUACAUGAUAGUUAAACAGAAGUAUGGAGAGAAUGGUGUCUGGAACAGGAACAUCAUUCUGGUGUUACAUAUUCUUGCAUGAGUAAAAUUUUCAUUUUAUGAUUUUUCAUUGGUUACCUGGAGCCAGAACAAGGAGAAAAUAAGAACUACUGUUUUUACUCACACAUGCAUCAGACCUGAGUGUCAGCCUCUGCUUUAAGUGGCACCACAGAAAACAUACAAAGAAGGCAACAGCAGAUUACUCCUCUCAUACACGUUAAUUAAUUUUGGUCUUUUUUUUAAUAAUGUGGCAGAAGCUAAUAGCAAAAAUCUUGCUGCCCCACUCAGUGUGUCAUUACAGAAUGUCAGAUCUCCUUCCCAGGGCUGACAUCCUCUUGGUUUGAUUUAACUACCUACUGGAUCUCAGGAAGAUGGAAUGGGUUGGGAGGAAGGUGUGCUGUGAAGAUCUCUACCAGUGGGUUUAAAUGCAAAAGUAUGAAUAACUGUGCACCCCCUAGCUGGGACUGGAGUAGCUUGAGGUGUUUGAUUUUCAUGUGGGCAGAAUUAAAAGGUCCUGAGACUGGAAAGUGACAUUCCACAUUGAUAACAGCUAAAAGAGUCAUGGCAGUUCUCCAGCAACUUCUGUCUGAAGAGUUCUAGCAUUCUGCAUUUACCCAGUCACCUACCUGGGAGUGUUUUUCUUUACAAGCAAGGAGGAGCUGAGGCAGUGUGCAUAUGACCCAGAAGCCUCCUUUGGUUGACUUCAUGGUAAAAUGCAAGCCAGUUUUGGCUUUUCUUCAUGGGAGCAGGGAAGGGGGUGGCCUCAGCCCUCAUGUCCUCCUCCGUGAGCAGGUUGGUUUGCACUGAUGGGCUGCUCCAGAGGAGGAGCUGGAGCAAGGUGAUGGUCUCUCUUUGCAGAGGCUGUACAGAACUGCAGCCCCAGCAGCAUUCCCAGGUGUGAGCAGAUCCCAACCAGGGAAGGGACAGGCUGGGGGGAAUUCGAUAUCUGCACAGGUUGUUGAUGUCCUCUUGUUCCCAGGUUGCAAACUGGGUUCCCAGCAGCACACAGGCUGUCCAUGGAGAGGUGUUCUUGCCUUUCUGGCACAUGUUCAGUGCUCCUCUGAACUGUGCAAAACCUUGGGCUCCAAGGACUUUUCAGAAGAGCAACCUGAGGAGAUUGAUACUUCAACUUGGGUUUCCUAGGGAAGCAGGUGCAGUCUGUCUGGUGCUGUGUGUAUGAACCUGUCUUUCCCCUUUUAAUGCCUGUUUGAAGCUGCUGUCUUGUUUCAGACAGUUCACAGGGAGAGAUGAUGGCUCACAGAGCACUGUGUUUCUGUAACACAGGACUUGGGAUGAGAGGAAGACUUUGAUUGAGUUCUGGCAGGUAGAGGCUCCAGUGUGCAUGUAGGAAGUAGGCUUGGUGCUUUUAUUGUUCAGUGAAUUGUUCAGAUUUCUUGCAAAUUAAAAGCUAUUAAAUAGGAAGCACUGAUGCAUGCAGCACAGGAUGACUGCUGAAGAGCUGUAGGGUUUGAUUUUUGUGAUUGUUUUUUUGCCACUUCAGUUUUCUUCUUUAGAAAAAUUUACAUCUGUCUAUAAUUUAUUUAAUUUGCAGAAAUUUACAUAAUUUCAAUUUAGAAAAAUUUGAGAGGAGCAAUUUGGUACUCCUAGCUAAGAGGCUAAAGGCCAAGAACACAUUUGAGAAUUUGCCAGAAGCUUUGCUAUAGAAAAGCAAAAGCAGAGCUUUUGGCUUUCUUUACACACAGGGGUGUGUAAACACUCUGCUGUGCUCUGUCCCUUCAAGCUGCAAGGGGGAGUAUCUUUCAGCUGUGAAAGCUGAAACAUUCAUGAUGCUUUUUGUCACUUCAAGGAGGUGGUUUAUUCAAUUAUUAGUGCAUGUUCAUAACAUACUGAAUCAGAAGUCUCCACAGUGCUAAUUUAAAUUUAUGGAGCUUCUGUCUUGCCAUUCUCUUGUGAGGUUUCUCUUUUCUCUUUACCCUCUUCUAAGCUCUCCUUAGAAAAAAUCCUAUUUUUUAAAAUGAAAGUGAAGUAGAAAACAGCCCAGCACUGAUUUUUUUUUUUAGAUUGAAAUUGGUUCCCUGGCAUGCAAAAGUUGAAGUACCUGAACCAUCUUUUUCUUCAAUCCCUUGCACCUGAAGUCAUAAAAUCACCUGAGAGCCUAAGUAAAAAAGCUGGCUUUUAAAGUACUUAUUUCUUCACUGCAGUGGCAGGAGAAAACAAGAAAACCAAGCCUUCGAAAGAAAAGGCAUCACGAAAAAAGAAUGAAAAGGAGAAAAUGGUUUGAGAAAGGCAGUGUGGGUGCCUCAGCUGUUUUACAUUUCCCCUGUAUGCUGGUAAAUGGUCAAGCUCUCCCUGAGCACUGUUUGUUUAACAACUGAAAAGAAAGCACUUCCUGUCACUCCAAAAAGUAAAUAUCUGAAGUUAUGGAUUAACUAAGUUCCAGCAGAGCUCAUGGAGGAAGAACAGAUCACGCUGAUUCCCACUGAAUAAAGCAGUGACUCCUGCAAGAUGUGGAAGCUCCUCACUGUGGGGCUGCUGCUGGCUGCCUGCUCUUUCUGGGGCUGCUCCACCUCAAUAUUUUACAGCAGUAAAGAUGCAAACCAAGUCCUGAGAAUCCAGAAGCGGUCAAACACUUUCCUGGAGGAGCUCAAGCCAGGCUCUAUGGAGCGUGAGUGUGUUGAAGAGCUCUGUGACUUUGAGGAGGCCAGUGAGAUAUUUGAAACCAGGGAAGCAACACUAGAGUUUUGGAGCAAGUAUGUAGAUGGAGAUCAGUGUGAGCACAAGCCUUGUUUCAACGGGAGCUGCAAGGACAAUAUUGGAAAAUUUUCCUGCAUCUGUAACGAAGGCUGGGAGGGGGUUUUGUGCAAUUAUGAGGUCAAAUACAGCAACUGUUCCAUGGAGAACGGGGGCUGUGAGCAUUUCUGCAGGGAGGAGCCUGCUGAGCAGCAUCGCUUGUGCAGCUGCGCCUCGGGGUAUCGGCUCAAGGAUGACCACACCACGUGUGAGCCUGUAGUGGAGUUCCCCUGUGGAAGAGUCAAGUUGGACUACAUUGAAGCCAAAGCAGAUUUCAAUAUUCGGCUCAUUGGUGGAAAAGUUGGGAGAAGGGGAGGCAGCCCUUGGCAGAUUAUGCUGCAAAAUACCAAAGGGAGGUUUCUCUGUGGGGGUGUUCUCAUCCAUCCAGCUUGGGUCCUAACAGCAGCACACUGCCUUGAAGAUAACAAGGGGUUCAGAGUUAAACUUGGUAAAUUCCAUUUCCGUCCUGAGGCAGACGAACAAACCAUUUGGGUUGAUAAAUGGGUGAUCCACGAGAAUUACACCAAGAAGACCUCAGAUAACGACAUAGCCAUGCUGCACCUGGCUGAGCAUGUGAUGUACUACAAAUACGCGCUCCCCCUCUGCCUUCCCACGCGCAACCUGGCGGAGCAGGAGCUGAUGCAGAGCGGGCGGCGGGCGGUGGUGACGGGCUGGGGCAGCAUGAGCGAGCGCAACCACAGCUUCGCUGCCUUCCUCAGGUACAUCGAGAUCCCCAUCGCGCCCCGCAACGAGUGCGCGCAGGCCAUGAGCUCCCCCAUCUCUGACAACAUGCUGUGUGCUGGCAGCCUGGGAGACAGGAAGGACUCGUGCCGCGGGGACAGCGGGGGCCCUAUGUUCACUAGAUACAAGGAUACUUGGUUCUUGAUAGGGCUGGUGAGCUGGGGUGAAGGCUGUGGAAGGAGGGAGAAAUUUGGAGUGUACACCAAAAUUAGUCAGUACCUUGAGUGGAUCCAGCACCACAUAGAUACGUCAGCUCCUUUGAAAGGUUGAUUCUGAUGCAGAGUCUGGAAUGUUGUGACUCUGUGCUAGUGGCAGUAUGCACUGUAAUGUACUGUCAGAUCUUCAGUAUUAAAUAUUGAGUAUGUGUUAA